UAAUCAUAUAUGGAUAAAAUGUUGAUCUGUCGAGCAGACUCUUUGUCAUGUUUUAGAAAUACUGAGGCUUUUAAGUUGCUUCCACCUAGCAGGAACAAUUGCGUGUGCUUGAGAUUUAAUAAAAACCCAAUCGGAGGAGGCCAAUAAAGUGAGUGGUGGGAGGUUAUUGCGGCUACGCCUGCUGACCUCACCCCUGUGGACCAACCUGUGGGAUUCCCCCUGGCACGCAUUCAUUCACUGGCUGCCAUUAAAGCUCUAAAUUGCAGUACCAAGGCAGCCCAUAGACCCUGGUUUGUUCCCCCCCUGCUAGUAAUAAUAUUAAUACAACUCCUGGGGUGCUAGAGAUGUUGAGAGGGGUUGAUGGAAGGUUAAGAGUGAGGCGGUGAGUGGAUGCAGAAAUCGGCAGGGACCAAAAGACCCUUUGUAGUUCACCAUGAAGUCACUGUUUUUUUUUUUUUUUCCUUUCUUUUUUUCUUAUUUCAAAUGUCAAGAUAAAAGGCUAAAAAGUCAUGAAAAUACCUAAGACUAAAACACUUGAAAAUGAUUCUUUUUUACUUUGUAAUUUUCUUUGAACAGUGCUGUUCAAUUCUUCCUUUACCCCUCCUCUUUUAAAGCAAAAGUUCCUGACGUGACAUGACUUUGUGAAGCAGAUGGGGAACAUGUCCUGCACUGGUAUGUGGGUUGAUUUCCUACCAGGAGGCUCAAAGCCAGACUUCUCAACAUUUUGUCACAGGCUUGACUGAAUUUCAGACGCCUCUGUAGAAAGAAACAUAGCUAAACAUGGGGGAGGAUGGUGUCUCUACCACUAAACGCCCUCCUUAAACUUUUCUCAGGACUUUGAGAGGUCAUUAAUUUCGUCAGCCUUUUCUCAGUCUCUGACACCGGCCAUCAAUCAAAGGUGUUAUUAGUAUUCGCUCGACCCCAAACUCUGAGUAUGUCCCCUGCUCAGACAGGGACCACACACUAGUAGGAAGAGAUUAAGCCUGUGUGUGUCACAUCACGUUGCACUGAGCACCCCUGCACCCUUGGGGUUGGGUGCUGCUGAAUAAGUGAAUUCUCAGGGUAGGAGGGCGUGGUGGUAAUGUUUAACUGUAUCUCAACAAUAUGGAUCUGUGUGCUUAACUUGCUGGCUGUGGGGAAAAAGCACAGCAGCUUAUUAAUGAUUUUGUCCAAAUUAAACUUCCCCUGAGGUCCAAACAUAAUGAGUUUUUGAAAACGCAAUCCAUAGUUUGACCUUUUGUGAUGAACGCUAAAAUAAACACCGGACUGUUGUAUGAAUUUAACAAAUAACUCAACAAUUAACCUUACACUUAAAAUCUGUGGAAACAAGGAGUGGAAACAAGUUGAAACCUCCUCAGCUGUGCUCUCAAUUUGUGUAUAUAUAUAUAUAUAUAUAUAUAUUUUUUUUUUUUUUUUUUUUUUCCGAGCUACUCCACAACAGCCCAUCCCCUCACUCCCUCUUAGCCUUUUAUGCAACAAUAGAAACUUGUUUCCGGGAUCUGUGCGUCAAGCUCUGCGAAGUGAAUGACCCACCAGCACAAAAGCCAAAGCCCCUUGACUAGAAAAAAAGGGGGACGGGGUAGGGGUUGGGGGGGUAUGCCUGCCAUGACUGUGAUGAUGUCACUUUGCCAAAAUUGUGAGAGAGGGAGGCCAAAUCAGUUCGGGCAGGCGUUGAAAGCCCCGUGCUCCUCCGCUGAAUUCAUGAGAUGUUGUGAUAUUGCUGCAGCUGACGUCCAUUUUCCUCCUACACUUUACUGUAAUUAACUAAAAGUUUUAAUCUGACAAACAUACAUCUGAAGUGAGCGUAACUAAAUAAACCUCUGCAGUUUCCCCACACAAAUUCUUGUUUUCUCUCUGAAAAGUUUUUCAUUGCCCUCUGCAUAAAUAGAGAGAAAUUCUUUGUUGUGUAACCAUCUGUUGCUGUUACAUCUGAGUUUUUCUGGAUUUCUUUUCAGUCAUAGACUUGUGUUGAGCCACAGAUAAUUAGAUCAGUGCUAUCAGUUUCACUGUCCCUUUUUCUCCCCAGGAAUUAACAUAAGAAAGAAUUUUUAAUGGCCUCACUCCCUUGCUGCUUUUUUUUUUUUUUUUCAUCCCUCCAACUCUUAAAUGAGUCACUGCCUCACCUCAACGUGCACUUUUGUAAGAUCUGCUUUCAAUUAUUCAGCUGCAGUGUCUCCUAAAAACCCAAAAAACGAGAAUAAUAAAUGAAGGUUUAAUGUGAUCAGAGGAUUGCACAGACAUCUGGUGCAUUUUUUGACAAACAAAUACAGAAUAUGUGCAGUAACAGUAAGUUACACAUUUUUGUUGUAUAGUUAACCUAUGUCAAAAAAAUCCAAUCACUCAAAAUUCACUUAAAAUGCAGACAACAUUCUUCUUAUAUUGGGAUAAGUGUUGGCAACACAAUAAUCUGGCUCUUGGACACAUCCUUUAUUGUAUUUACCACUGGCCGAGAAACUUCCUGUAAAUACGUUAUUGUUUACAACAGAAGUUUCAUACCCAGGAUUUCUUAAGGUCAACAUUUCUUCUGGCACACUGAGCCUGAACUGCACUUUAUUCCCCUUUAAUUUAACAGCUCCGGCAGCUUUUCUAGUUAAAUCGACUGUUCAUUAUUGAGACCCAUUUUACGAAGGGGCUGUGAGGUGCAAUUUAAUGAAUCUCUGGCACAAAGCUCCCUUUCACUGCCGGGCAAAGAAUAGAGGCUAUUUAGACCCUGUAGGGCUUUAUGUCAAAGGCAGCCCAUAAUAGUUGUCAGGCCAGGGCAGAAAUUCCCACUGGCCUGGGAAUGCACUAGAAAUCAACUUUUGCCAUGAGCAGAUUAAGACACAAGCAAGCAGUUGGGAAGAUUCUCCCAGAUAGUGGCAUCUGUUUGGGCACAAAGAUUUUCCCACAGAAAGGAAGCCUCUCUCAUUACUGUAUAGCAUUGAUUUUUUUAUAGUUGGGUUUGUUUCAGUGCCUAAACGAACAGUAAUUAGAUUACAAGUUAACGUCUAUUUGGUAAUCCAGACAGGAAACGCAUUAGUAGGCAUGAUGAUUGAAUAGUGGUUUAAAGUGUUCUGAAAAGCAAGCAGGGAUCACAGGAAUAAUGGUGCUGAUUAGUUGAGGAGUGUUAUGGGAUAUUUAUCUUUAUUUUGAAAAUUGCUUUCUUAUUUCUAGUUUAAAGAUGUUUUUUAGUAAUCAUUAAUGUCAAAACAAGAUAGUUUGUUUUAAGUUUAAUCGAGAUAUUUAACAAUUCUGGCCAGCAAAAAUACUCAAACCAAGAUUUUACCGGUUUCUCUGCUCGCUGUUACAGUAAUAUCCUCCACUUUCAUGAGACCAUUUGUGGUUCAGAGCACACACAAACAGUUAAACUAGAGAGGGAGAGUUCUGACAGAGGUUAUUGUCUUCAACUCAGCAGGGAAUUUCAGACAAAUCCCUCUUAGAUGCAGGUGGUCGGGCACAAGCAAAGAGUUAAUCCCGGGGUCCCUUUGCCCCUCCUCUUUGAUGUUCUGACAUCAUUAGUCCAGCCCCCUGUAAGAUCUCCUUUUUCCUCAGAGCCCGUCACUUCUACUCUGGAAUGUUUACAGGAACUUCAUGAACAACAUCAGGACCAAGUGUUUGUCAGAGGAAAAAAGACAUGCUCUGAAGAGACUUUUGGGUCAAGGAUCGCAGCGGAUGCCACAGGUGUAGCCGCUGGGCUCAACAGAGUUAUGGCUGUUCAGACUGCAAUCAUGAACCCUCAGUUCAUGAAUUUCUGCUUCCCUGGUUCUGUGAUGGAGUACGACGUGGAGAAAAGUCUGGAUGGGAGUCUCCUGGGUGAGGCAGAAAAUGAUGAGGACUACAAAGAGACCACAAGGGACUUGCUCAGCUUCAUAGAUUCAGCCUCCAGCAAUAUCAAGCUGGCUCUGGACAAGCCAGUGAAAUCCAAAAGGAAAGUCAACCACAGGAAGUAUCUACAGAAGCAGAUCAAAAGGUGCACCGGCAUUAUAACACCAGGAAACGUAGGAGAAGCCCCAGUAAAAAGACAGGGAUCCCCCGUGGCUCAGCCCAGCCCUUUGCAGAGCAAAACUCUACCUAAGCGUGAUGGGGUCCAGGCCAACUUACAGAGCAAGAGCUUGGCAGCCCUCUUCAGCCCUGUGAAGGAUAUAAGGGGUGAAAAAGCAAAGAAGCCACCCCUGAGGCAUCGCAAUCUGCCCCCUUCUUUCUUUACUGAGCCUGCCAACUGCUCCAAAGUCAGCUCCACAUCUGGGAUGACACUGAAGGACUUGGAACGAGGAAAUCCCGAGGCUGCAGACUUCUUCGAGCUCUUGGGGCCUGAUUACAGCAACAUGGUCAGUGACCAGGACCUUUAUCAAAGCAUGCCUCUCCGGGUGCAGCCGGAGAUGGGGGGCCCGGAUCCUGCUUCAUACGACGCUCACCAUUUAGUUGGUGGCCUCCUCUACUCCGAGCCCUGGACUAGCUGCUCUGGACCCUCUAAGAAACUGGGGGAGAGCCUGCGAACAGGCCCGGCCCAACCUCCUGUCUACUGUCACUCUGAGGCUGCUACUGGGCCCAUAGAGGACAACGCACUGUGCACUUUGGCCUUCCCGAACUUCUUCACAGACUGCUCCAUACCUCAGGUCACUUAUGAUUUAAGUGGUGGUUAUAACAGAGCUAAUUAUUCAUCUCUAUGAGAAAGUGACCAUUCUGUUGUUAGAAGUGCCGGUAAAAAGCAGAUAAAAUUGCUGUUUAACAGUAGUGUAAGAGAGUUUGAUAUCUGUACCCUAUUUGUUUAUCUGUUGUGGAAAUAAUAUUGCAAGCUGGAUUUAAAGAUAUUUUAUCAUUCUUGCUCAACAGAGUUGUGUAUGAAAGGGCUUUCCCCACAUGAAAACCUGUUUUUUUUCAUGAAAAAACUGUCAAAAGCUCUUUAAGAUUACUUGAUGCCACAUACUUUUCAAUAUGCCAGUUUCAUUUUCUACACAGUUCUGUUUAAUGUUGUACUGUUUCACAUGUGGAUAUGAUUUUUUUUUUUUUAAUCUCAGGUGAUUUCAAAUGUCAUUCUGAUGUGAUGUUGGGUAUGUUUCAGUUUAAUUGCCAGAGUAUGUGCCUCUGUUCAUCAGAAUGAAACUGGACAUUUGUCAAUGACACAUACCAUUACCUUUUCAUACUUAACAAAAAAGAAAACCCUGCAGAAAUAGCUUUCGGUUUAGUCCACUAAACAGCAGUUAUUGCUAGGAGAUCAUAUCAUAGAACCGUUGCUGCAACAAUCUCUCAGCGAGGCACUUUUUUCCGGUCCUAUUAGAAACGAUUCUGUGCUGAGACAUAGAGGGGGAGAUCCAUUUAACUGUAAUGAUGAUUACAACAAUGUGUGAUGCCAUAUUUGUUCUUCAGCUCAGAAGUGAUUUUCAGCUGGCAGAUUCACCACUUGUAUUUGCUUUUUGGGAGAAGCCUAUAAUGUAUCUAGCUAUUGUAAGAGGACAAAAUAAAGCUGGUCUUUAUUACUGUGA